GUGUUGCUUAACCAAAUGUUUUCUCUCACUUCUCUUCCCAGCUUACCAGAGAAGAUCAAGAUGAGUCUACGGAAACAAACCCCUAGUGACUUUCUUAAACAAAUCAUUGGAAGGCCAGUUGUCGUGAAAUUAAAUUCUGGAGUUGAUUAUCGAGGUGUCCUGGCUUGCCUGGAUGGGUAUAUGAAUAUAGCUCUGGAACAGACCGAAGAAUAUGUAAAUGGACAAUUAAAGAACAAGUACGGGGAUGCCUUUAUCCGAGGAAAUAAUGUAUUGUACAUAAGCACACAGAAGAGGAGGAUGUGAAGAUGCCAGAAGGAGGCUGUUUUGUACUUGUGAACCUCUUCGAAGUGAUGAGCCCUAUUUGAUUUGUAGUUAAUAAUCCACAGGUGAAAUACACAAGUGUUUAAAUAUUUUUUAAAUAAAUGUAAACCAGUGUAAACUUCCUGAAUGUUUUUGUUUCAAAGCAUUGCUGUACAGAAAAAAAAUAAAAGAGAAGCAUAUAAUAGUGCCGCAAGAUUAA